UUUGAGUGAAAGACCAAGAGGAUAAACAGCAAAGACAUAUGUUUGUAUAGCCUGUUUUGCUCAUAUUCACUAGGGGUGCCAAUAAUUGUGGAGGGCACUGUAUGGGCUAUAAUAGGUAAAUUGUACGACCCUGAUUCUUGAGAAUGUACGUAUUUCUGUCAAUUAUUUGUGAAUUCCUUUACAGUAAGUAACUCCAUUAACAUAAAAAAAACUUUCAAAGAAAUCAAAACCUAUACAAAACUUCUGGUUUCGUUUCUUCAGUAGGAAUUAAAUCUUUCCCACACUUCCCAUUUCUCCAUUUUGGUCACGCCCACUUAAUCUCGUUCUGUCCAAUCAGCGGAAACAAACAGACACACUUUCAAGCACAGCGAAACAUCAGGACUAUUCGAGAGGUCUUGCAGCGUCGAGGGAAGAGGGACAUCUGGACGAGAUAGUAAAUCGGUUUGAAAAUAAUCUCUAUAGCACUCCAGCCAAAUUAAACCACCAUUAUAUUCUUCAGCCAUGAUAGUGGACGGCUGUGGACAAAUGUGCAAAUGCAUUCUCAUCCUUUUCUCUGCACUUUUUGCGAUUGUGGGAUUUGCAAUGGUUGUUUUGGGCCUUUUGCUCAGACUCAGCUCAGGGACACAAGGGCUCUUCGACAUCGAUUUGGAAACACAAGAGUUUGUCAUUUUUGUGGGAGUGUUGCUCGUGCUGGGUACCAUGAUGCUGAUCGUGUCCAUUUGUGGGUUCCAUGGAGCUUGCAGUGAGAACAUCAGUUGUUCCUUAACAAUUUUUGCCAUUCUGUUGGUCAUCAUGGCAGGUGUGGAGAUCGGAGUUGGAGUGCUGGCCUUUAUGCAAAGCCAGGAGGUGUCACAGCGGCUGGCCAACCUGUAUGCCUCCCUUUACGCACAGUAUGUCAACAAACAAGACCCCAGCCUUGGAGCCACUCUCAAAAUCAUUCAUGAAGCGUUUGGUUGUUGUGGGGUUGGAGGGGGAGUGGAGCUGUUUGUACGAGACACAUGUCCUAAGAUAGGCAUUUUGGAGACCUUCACUCGAUCCAACUGUCCCAGUGUGAUCCUGAACCUCUUCCAAGACAAAGCUCCUCUUGUCAUGGGCUUCUUCCUGGCCACAGCAGCUCUGAUGAUCACAGCCCUGGUCUGCUCCAUCAUCCUAUUCAAAGCCAUCAAGCAGAAUCGCCAGGCGUUUCCUGUUACUAACAGCGCCCCCUUCAGGUUCUGAGAGGGCAGGACUCCCCAAAAGCUGUUGGAGCCUGGAGGUUAUGUCUUAUCCCUCACUUUAUCAUUUCAUCAUUUGUACAUAAUGGAAGAAUAGCUUUAUCACAUCUUACUAGGGUAAAGAAUAAGAUUAGAGUGUCCAUAUCCUUGUCUUUUUAAUUUUUUUGCUUCAUUAGAAAAGGGAACAUUUUUAGGUUUUUUAUUUAACCAUACAAGGCUGCUAAUUUUGGGCUGACCUAAAACCAUGUUGAAUUAUUUCAAUAUAUUAAUAUGUCGUAUUUUUAAGAUGUCUUAGAUGACACAUAUCUUGUUAUGCUCUUGUUAUCUUGUUUUUAUACAAAAGGUCAGUUUUCUUAAAUGCUACAUGCAGGCUCUGUGCUCAAAUACUGUAUCAAGUGGGAUCUAAUUCAUUUUCAUAUUGCCUUGUAUCACUAUCGCAACGACCCGUAUUAACGCCCGGGACCUAUAAACGCCCUCACGCGGGUAAACGUUACUUAAUAUUGAUUUCUGUAUCAACCAGGAUAACGGAUUUUAAACACCAUACGCUCCUACCCAAAAGGGGUAUUUAACUUGUAUGUGUGCAAAAAAUUGCAGUUGUACAGCGUUAU